UGUUCAAUAACAACAUGUCUGCGCACAUUACUGUGUACACGCUGUAGACAUUGAGCUGAGGAAAUCUUCAUUUCUUGCUCAUUUAUUAGCUUUCCAGCAAUAAUGUCGACCCCGGCGAAAGGAGCAACGAAGAAAGAAAAAAAGAAGCCGAUACCAGUGAAAACAUCUCUGAACAACCCGUACAACAUUGGCUGGAGUGAACUCUUACAAAAACAACACAAACAUGUAAUACUUAACAUUUUGAAAGAGAAAAUGUCCGCCAGCGGGCUUCGGAAAGAGCGUGUCAGCCGGUUUCGCGAUUGGGGAAGCAAAAGGAGGUCCAGAAAAAAGGCAUCCAACCCCACCGAGGAGCAAAAAACAGCUUCUGAACCCUCAGAGAGCGUGCAAACUCCCGAGCGGGGCUGGACCAAUCUGAUCCUGAGGAAACAACUCGCCAUCGGCAUCAACGAGGUCACCAAGGGCCUGGAGAGGAACGAGCUGAGUUUGGUGCUCGUAUGUAAUUCCGUCGCUCCAGCUCACAUGACGACCCAUUUAAUCCCGCUGAGUAAAACCAGAUCGGUGCCCGCCUGCCAGGUACCCGGUUUGAGUGGGAGCCUCUCUGAGCUGCUGGGCCUUAAGUGCGUCCUGGCGCUGGGCUUUAGACGUGGGUCCGAGGAGUUCGAGGAUACGGUCCGCGCCAUCACACCGAUGGUCCCACAGCUCCCUGUGGCGUGGAUUCAGACUGACUCAACAACCAAAGAAAAGCGCACAGAAACUGGACAGAAGAGGAAAUCAGAAGAGCUGUCGAGUCAUACAUCUCCUCUAGUUCUCCAGCCUCUAAAAGUGAAGAAAAUCAUUCCAAAUCCAACGAAAAUUAGGAAACCCAAACUGAAAAAGCAGAAAAAAGUUGUUUAACCUGCAUUCUAUGAAUGUAGGCUGUGUAAAAACGUUUAUAUUUAUAUUUUCAAUAGUUUGUGAUGGUUUUGGAGAGCAAAAAGAACCAAAUGGGUUAUAUUAUACAUUGUGAUUGGUGGACUGUCAUAUUUGACCGUCUUUAAGAAAGCUGAUUGUUUAAAACUACACAAUUUUGGCAUUUAUAAAGACACCCUUUUUGAAAUUAGGCAGGUACUUUGGAUAUUCUCACCAUCAGAAUCGUUAAAUUCAUAAACCACAGAUUGGGGAAAGAAGUUUAAUGGUGAGUGAACCAACGAUGGUUCUUUUAGGACAGGGGUGUACAAACCCGCUCCUGAAGGGCCGGUGUCCUGCAUAGUUUUGCUCCAAGUUCAACACACCUGCCUGGAAGUUUCUGAUAUACCUAAACCGCUUUAUUAGCUGGUUCAGGUUGUUGGAAAUAAAGUAUGCAGAACACCAGCCCUCCGGGACUAAGUUUGGACACUCAUGUUAAGAUAAUCCUUCAGAAUCUCACCAAAAUUAAAAAAGGACUUUUUCUUUAUGCUCAACAUUUGCUUAGGCUACUAAAUAGUUGGCUUGGACACAUUUUCACAAAGUAUAUGUGAUGGUUAUGAAAAAUAAAAAGCCCCAAAUGAG